GCCAAUGAACUUUUAGCACAGUUGCUGUAAUAGGUCGAGUUUUAUGUAUUUUACAUUUAACAAAAUUAAACAACACAAGAAUGGAAUCAGAGAGCAAAUAACAGAAAGGCCGGGGAUAGGAAAUCUUUGUUAAAAGGGGGUAAACUACAGGCUAACGCAGCAAGAAGCGACUUUGUACCGAACUAUUCCGUGUGUAGUAGAACAAACCCGCGUGCGACUACAGAGAGGCCUAUAGGUGCCGCCUGCCUAGAACUUAGCGCUCACGAGUGCAGCCGCCUUGUUGCACCUCAGCAACAGCCAAGUAACCCACUUUCUUAAUAAACACACGUACAACUACAAUCCCCACAUCGCUAGGGUCUAGAGAGGAUUUUCAAAAGUGCUUUAUUGAAACUGCAGCCGUCGAAGAGCUGUAUGAAAAUAUCCAACACAACUUACCCGCCAGUAACUCCCAUAAGACCCCUAAAGGGAGCCUUUCCUAUAAACGCCGACAGGAAAACUUUCACGGCUUCUAAUUUUGCCACCGCAAAGACGAAAGGAAAACGAAUAACACGAGUCUAUCCCGCUUGCGUCCGCACCGCCCUGUCGAAGUCCAGUACGCAUGGGGCAACGCGAUGGCGUCACCACACGCAUGCGCGUCCCUGCGCCUAUUUCCUCGAAGUGGAACGCACGCAAGCGCCCUCUAGACGUCUGAUGAAGACAUUGUUUGAUGAGAUUAAAGCUUCAAUUAGGAGCAGUAGCAAUUACGACCGCUCAUUUUGGAGGCCUGUGCUGCCCUGGGGUGGCAUCUUCACUAUUAAAGCUGGGCGAAAAGCAGUCUCUUCUACACCACUGUAUGUUGAGAUAACACUGAAAAAUACAUGCACAAUUGAUGGCUUUUUAAUGUUGUUGUAUGUCAUCUUACGUGAAAACGACACCUUUCCCAGAGAGCUCUCCCAUUACCUAGGCCGGGAUUUUGUAGAAUGCUUUCUCCAUCUAAUGGAUACUUAUAGUUUCACAACAGUCAAGCUGCUAUGGAUAUGGGACAAGAUGGAUAAAUACCAGUACAAGUCUGGGAUUCACAAAGCAACCUUAGAGAUAGACUUGUUUGGGAAUGAGCAUGAGAACUUUACUCGUAAUCUGGAGAAUCUUAUGUCCACUAUACAAGAGAGUUACUGCUCGAAUACAGACUGCCUUACUCGUGUGCAGGAGAGCCAGAUGCAUACAAUACUUAUCAAUCCACCACAUGAUAUUCCAAAUGGGGAUCUCAUUCAGAUAGCAUUGGAUGAACUUUUCUGCUCCAGGACAGAACCAUGCGAGGAGUAUGGGUGUGGCUGUUCAAGGGAGUUUUUGCCUCGAAUGUUCUGCCAUGGACCACCACCUUUUGUUAUAUUAAAUAUGGAACAGUGGAAAUCAGAAGAGCUUGCAUAUGUGCCCUACUGCUUAGAAUUAUCUGAUAAUAAAUAUCUAUUGGAAGGAGCCACAUUGUUUAAUAAGGAGGAGCAUCAUUAUUCUGCAGCCUUCCAGAUUGAUGGGUAUUGGAUGCACUACGACGGCCUUCGAAAUAUCAACUUAAUUUUGUUGAAUAAACCUCCAGAGCUGCUUCUCUUGUCAUCAUUAGUUUAUGUAAGAGCUGCAGAGAAAUAAACUGAAGCAGGAUCACACACACGCUGUGGCUGGUAUAUUGAGGCUACAACGUAGGUGUUCACUUGGCAUCCAAGAGGACUGUUCGGACUACAGUAGUUCAAUUAUGUAUUACCAAAAAAAAAAGUUUUCUUGGCAAGAAAAAAGAAUUUGGCUUGGGGAACAAACUAUGCAGAAGUUUAUAUGUCUUUAUACUUAUUUUUCUACAGAAACUAUUAAAAUGUCAAUCAAA